AUGUUUAAAUUAGUAUUAUUGAUUUUGGCAAGUUUGGUGAUUGCUAGUUAUGGUUUGGAAUUGAGAACUAUUGUCUAUAGUGGAGCUGGAUGUAUCGGUAAUCCAAUAGGAUUGUCUAGUUCGAAAUAUUGCUUCAAUGUCAGUUUGACAGACUCGUCGAGACAAAUUACCAAUUGUUCGCUCUACGGUGUACUCGGUGGUCCGUAUGCUCUCAAUACUUGUAUCAACAGUAGCUCUAAUCUUCAGUCAUACCGUAAUAUCCUCGUCAACAAUACCCAGACCACUCCAGCCCGUGUCCAAGGAUACUGCUCCCGUAUCUUGUUUGUCACUUUGAAUCCCAACAACAAUGGUAGCCAAGGUAAUCAAUCGUCGUCGUCGUCCAACGUCACCUGUGACCGUAUCAUUGUCGAUUCCUUUGUCAACGGCUCGUGUUUCUGGGCCGGCAAUCUCACCCGUACCAACCCACAAACCAACGAGACCAUCUCGGUACAGAGAUACAUCAAGUCAGUGUGCAACGACACUGGUAUCACCAACUACCGAUGUGAAAACACAUGUGACGCUGCCAACUGUACCCUCUGGACAACUGAUGUCAGAACUCAACAAGUGUGUCCACUCACACCUGCCAGAUCGUUGAUUCACAUGUUGACCAAUUCAUCUACCAUCAAUGGAAAUGAUUCGUCUACUACUACCACUGGUAUGACAAUGAAUAUGACUACUGGUAUGCCAAUGACCACUACAACUACUGGUGAACCAAUGACAACUGCUACCACUGGUAUGCCAAUGACCACUACAACUACCGGUGAACCAAUGACUACUGGCGAACCAAUGACAACUGCUACUGGUGUUGAACAACCUCCAAGUGCUGCUUCAUUCAUCACUCCUUCUUUAUCUCUUUUCUUCAUUUUAAUCACUCUUUACAACACUUUCUUUUAA